AUGCGGGGCACCCGGCAGCUACUCAGGGCUGCACGCUCUGGCCUCACGAUCUCUCGCCCCCAGACGGCGCUCCGACCCAGGGACGGGUGUGCAGGGGCGGCCCACCAGAGCCCGGCCGGAGAGGGGCCCUGUGUGCCUCAUCUGGCUCCGAGCUCAUGGCUCCACCAGCCUGGCCCCGCAGAUACGAUGGGACAAGGCCGCCCAGACAGAGGAACGCAGAACACUUCUCCCGCCGUGGCUGCCAAGCCUCCGAGAGCUGCAGGCACCCACAGGCCUGGGGACUGGCUCAGGGUGGCUGGGGGCGGGGGGGAAGGGACUGCCUUGCCCCACUCGGCUGGACGCAGCGGGACGCAGGGUGAGGCCCCCGCCCCCGCCCCCAGCAGGAGGGCAGCCUCGGGUCCUGAGGCUGCCAACUGUGGUCAGUGCCACCCUGCGUACCGGUUCCCACGAGUGAACACCGACUGCCCCGGGUCAGGCGUGAGCGUGAGGACGACAGACCAGGCCGGGGGUGUGGAGCUGGGCCCACGGCCCGCCCCCAGCCCUGCAGAGACACCGCCCAGCGUCCCGCCCACGGCCCCAAGUCUGAAGGGCGACCACCUACUUGAACUGAACCCCCAGCAGCACCAACCACGGGCCUGCAUGUCCUGCAGGGGCCACUGA